UGUACGGAAAAUCUAAUUUUUUUUAAUAUAAGUUAAAAUUAGAAAAAUGAUAAAAUAUAUAAUAUUUUUUAUCAAAUCUUUAUUAUUUAAAAUUAUUAAUUGUCAUAUAUAUAUUAUAGUCACAUUAAGUAAUUUUGUAUUAUAUAUUUAGAUAAAUCAACUUAUUUUUUUAAUAAUUUCAAGAAUCAUUGUAGUGAUGAUAAGUAGAUACAUCAAAUGUUGCAAUAUUUUUAUUUUAAUAUAUAUGGGAUAAUUUUGAUGUAAGGAAAUUAGUUUAGGAUUUGGGCCUGGCCUAAUUAAUAAAAUGAUUUAACAACUUCUUAACCUUUUUAAUUGCUUUCUUCCUCGAUACCAAACCCUAAUUCGUUUUGUUUUCCAUCAAUUUCUGCGCCAUCCUGGCGACAUUAACGGUUCUCCUUUUCCGGAGGUGAAAAGAACAAACGAAUAUCUCUAGAUCUCUCAUUUGAGUGUUGACUCAUGCAACACCCUUCUGAUAUCUCUCUUCUCCUUUGAUUUUUCAUUGGACUUACCGUCUUUUUUGGAAAUAAGAAAAAGAAAACUUUCGAUGAAUGAUAUCAUUUAUCUUAGUUCAGACGAGGAGGAUGAUGAAAUAGUCGACCACACUGAUGUGUUUGACGAUGAGAAACCGAACCUUACUGGUCAUCGGAAACCAGUUUCCUCGAAUGUGAUGGUGGAGGAAGAGGACGACGAUUGUGUAGUCUUGGAUGGCGAUCCUUACAAGACGAAGGAGAAGGAGACUACAUUUCACACAUGUGAAACUGAUGAUGAUAUCCUCGUACUAGGGCAAAAGGGUGAGAUAGCAUGUAGAGACUUCCCACAUCCACGACAUGCCUGCGCUAAGUACCCUUUCAAGUCGACAUCACACGACCAGUACUGUGACAUGUGUCACUGUUAUGUUUGUGACAUACGUGCUCCAUGUCCUCACUGGUGCAUAGGUAUCCCCGCCUAUGGUCACUGCCAUGCCACUGAUAAAGAUCGGAUAUGGAAGAAUCAAAGCAGAUAUUAAGUUGUCAAUAUUUUUUCAAAGCUUUUAUCAAAAACUAAAUUAUUCAAAACCAAAUUUCAAAAUUAAAAUAUUUAUGUAUUUUUAUAUGGUGCAUAGGUUAAUUUAAACGGUAUUAAUGUAUAUGCAUAUAUCUUUUAAUCUUAAUAUUAUUUUUUGAUUGAAUAUCAAAUUUAUUGAUCAAAACUUCACAUUUACAAGUAAGGAAUAUGUACUCUAUUCAGCUAGGAGCAGAUGAAAGAAUGAGAGAAAAUAAUACUUUCUAUAGCUAAGGAACUUUUACUUCCCAUAACUAGUUAACCUCAAACCAUUUUCUCAUCAUUCCCUCCAACGGAUGGCCAUUGGUGUAACGGAGCGAUGAUAUGUGGUUCCUGAUAUGCUUAUCAAUGUAACGUGUGAGCUGCUCCGUUGUCACCCCCACACACCACCAUGCCUCCGUGAGUUGUGUUCCCUCCAAAUUGAGUAGAUGACUGUUUGAAAGGCCAUCCUCCUAAGAACGUGAUCUAUCCGAGUCUGAGCCUGUUGCAAGAGUGAGCUGACGGUAUCGUUCCAAUCAGGGGUAAUGGCGUUUCCAAACAGCUUCCCUGCAGUGUUUAGCCAGACCGUGAAGGAGAAAGGACAUGCAAAGAACAUGUGAUCUCUUGUUUCGUUCUUCUCUCCGCAAAGCAUACAACACUGCUCUAUACCCCAGUUCUUCAUUCUGUCUCCCGUUGAUAAACGAUCCCUGAAUGCAAGCCAUACCUGAAAGGCGUGUCGGGGCACUGCCUGAGAGAACCAGGUGACUUUCCUCCAACUGACCUCAUUCCGCUUAUCCCGCAAGUUGUUCCAGGUCUUGGCAGAAGAGAAGUAAGCUUUGAAUUCAUCAUUAUCAGCCCUCCAGAGUACAGUGUCCUCUCCCGCGUCUUGGCAAGGCACAAGCCACAUAUCUAACUUAUCAUAUAGCUCAUGAUAUUGCCUUUGACCUCGACUACGGAUCCUCUAGCCUGUUUCACAUACCGCAUCUUAGACAGUAGCAGAACGAGGAACUCCCAAAGUGACUAUACCAACCUCCCCCACUGCAUCCAAGAGCCUACAUGUGCCCAUCCAAUUAUCAAGCCAAAAGAAGGUAGAUCUCCCAUCCUUAACAUCAUGCCUCAUAUGAUCCAAAGCCAAGGACCUCAUCUUUAAUAACUUUCUCCAAGCCCAUGAGCCAAGAGUGCCUUCUCGUACAUCCCUGUAGGAACUAUCCUUAAGCAAGUAUUCCUUUGUCCAAGCCACCCAUAAGGACUCUGUCUGUGUGAAGAGUAACCAGAUCAGUUUCAACGCAAAUACUCAGCCUGUAUCUCUAAGUCUUCGCAGGCCCAAACCGCCCUCUUCUUUGGGAUUGCAAACAUCCUCCCAAGAAACUUUUUCUUUGUACGUAAUGGUUGGCGAUCCAGACCAGAGGAACGCACUGUACAUGCUCUCAAUGGUGUCAAGACAGCCUUUGGGUAGUAGAAACGCAGAACUCCAGAAGUUUACAGUGCUGGUGAUUACCGUUUUGAUGAGCUGUAGACGUCCCGCAAAGAAGAGCGCUCUGUGUGUCCAUGAAAAGAACUUUUUACGGAGUUGAUCGAUCAAAGGUUCAUAGUCAGUUUUUCUCCAUACCUUUGUAGUCAAAGGCACUCUAAGGUAUCAUAUAGGCAAGGUGUUAACUUGUAGACCUUUUGCACUCACAGCAUGUGUAAGCAAGUGGCUGUUUGGACCAGCGGCAAAGAUUGAUGACUUGGAGGCGUUGAUCCUGAGGCCUGACACGCCGGCAAAUUGAUCCAUCACUGCUAACACUCCAUUAAGCGAGGCCUCAGUCCCAUCUGUGAAUAUAAGUAUGUCGUCCGCAAAGCUAUGGUGCGUAAGGCCAACAUUCUCACAUUUAGGAUGGAACCCAAACUUACCAUCAGCUGCAGCCUGGUUCAGCAUAUUAGACAGAGCAUUGUUCACAAUGACGUAUAGAUAGGGUGACAACGAGCAGUCUUGUUGGAUGCCCCGCGCGCUAGUGAAAAAACCUGCAAGUUCUCCGUUAAUGGCCACUGAGAAUGAGGCCGUGGAGAUACAAAGGUAGAUCCAUCGAAUAAACUGACUGGGAACGCCCGUUGCGCGAAGUACAUCCGUGAUGAAGAUCCACCUGACAGUAUCAAAGGCUUUAGAGAUAUCGAGUUUGAUAGUGCUUCGGCCUGAGCCGUGUGGCUUAUGAUAGCCAUUAACCAGUUCCGUCGCUAAUAGCACAUUCUCCAGCAGCAGCUGGCCUUUGACAAACGUACAUUGAUUAGCCUCAAUAGCAGCGGGAAAAAGAGCUUUGAGUCUGUUUGCCAACAACUUGGAGAUCACCUUAUACAUGAGGUUGCAGCAAGCUACCGGUCUGCAGUCUUUCAUGGUCUGAGCAGGGACUUUCUUGGGGAUGAGGGCCAGGAUUGUGGAGUUGACUCAUGUGGGUAGAAAGCCAAAUAGGAAGAAAGACUGGAUGGCAAUAAUAAAGUCCUUGCCUAUGACAGGCCACACCCCAAUAUAGAACUCUUUUGUGAAACCAUCUGGCCCUGACGCUUUCCCGUUGGGUAGAGACUGCAGAGCGUUACUCUUAAUAUUUAUUAAUUAAGACUUACUAUUUAUAUGAUUUUGUAAUCAUUUGUAUCUUUUCAUAACAAAAUUUUAAACCAUGGAUCCCAAAAAAAUUAAUCUGAGACUUUUAAUAGUUUUAGUUUUUU